AUGAGCAGAAGCCAAAAUGCCAAUCAAGUCGGAAUUCUAGCGGCAGAAGUUUACUUUCCAAGGCAUUUUGUCGACCAGAAAGAACUGGAGAAAUUUGAUGGAGUUUCUGAGGGAAAAUACACGAUCGGGCUUGGCCAAGAACGAAUGGGAAUCGUCUCUGACCGCGAAGACGUCAAUUCUAUCGCAUUGACGGUUUUGGACAAAUUGAUCAAGUCGUACGAUUUGGAUCUGAAGAAUGUUGGAAGACUGGAAGUCGGAACGGAAACGAUGGUCGACAAGUCCAAAAGUGUCAAAAGUUAUUUGAUGCAGCGAUUCGAGGAAGCGGAGAACUUUGACCUGGAAGGCGUGGACAAUAAAAACGCGUGCUAUGGUGGAACGGCGGCGCUUUUCAACACUGUGAAUUGGGUAGAGAGCAGCGCUUGGGACGGGCGCUAUGGAAUCGUCGUCAUGGCCGACAUCGCCAUUUACGGGAAGGGAGCAGCCAGGCCGACUGGUGGAGUCGGUGCAGUUGCUUUGCUAAUUGGGCCGGACGCGCCGCUGGAAAUUAAACCUGUCAAGCAGCAUUAUAUGAGACAUACCUACGACUUCUACAAACCCGACCUGACCUCCGAGUACCCAGUUGUAGACGGUCCCCUCUCAAUCACGUGCUACUUCGAAGCUUUAGACAAAUGCUACUCUGGCUGGCGCCAGAAAACAAAGAAGAAUUCCUCUUUCUCGUUUUUAGAGAACUUGGACUAUUUCUGCUUCCACGCGCCUUUCGCCAAGCUCGUCGAAAAAUCCUUCGCCAGGUUGCUUUUCGGCGAUCUUCAGUGCUGCCCGGAGCAGCUCCAGAGCAAAAUCGGCAAAGAGGCUUUUGAGCAGCUCGAAAAAUACAGAAACGUUUCGAGUAGCGAUUCUCUCAAGGACAAAACGCUGGAGAAAACUUUAACUACAGUCGCCAAGCCUCUUUUCAAAACAAUGUGUCUUCCCUCUUUAAAAAUCUCCAAAAACGUCGGAAACAUGUACACGCCCAGUCUCUACGGUUGCAUUUUAUCGCUCCUUUCGACGGGCAAACUGACGGGCGGUGAGAAGCUAGGCUGUUUUUCGUAUGGAUCCGGAUUGUCCGCGACUUUUUAUACGAUUCAAGUGCACGCAGGGGACAAGUUACAGAAGCUAAAUAAUAUUACGGGGCUGAUAGAUGAGAGGCUGAACGCUAGAACGCAGAUUUCGUGUCCUGAGUUGGUGGAUUUCGCAAGUAAACGAGAAGCAGCGAACAAAGUCAGCAGCGAAAGUUUAAAAAACGCUGCUUUUUCGCCUUCUGGUCCGGUCGACUCGCUCGAGUCUGGAACAAUUGUGAAAAUGGGCAUCGUUGAUUUUUACUCUGGCUACGGCGCCUACCACCACAAUGUUGUGAAUAAAUGGAUUCACAUCGUUUGUAUCCCGCUCAUUCUCUACUCGAUUUGUGGACUCUUCGAAUAUUGCAAGGUAGAAAUCGCCGAUCGCCAAGUAAACGUCUCCUUGAUCAUCAUGAGCUUCUGGUAUGUUUACUACAUGAUUCUGCACGCUUUUGCUGGCUUCAUCACCGCCAGCGUCUCGCUCAUCGUCCACUUCUACUACAUUCUACCUCUCGUCCAAAAAGGCGACGAAAACACCUUCUACUUUCUGCUCGCAGUUCAAAUCUUCGGCUGGGUCGCUCAAUUCGUCGGACACGGCGUUUUCGAGGGCCGCAAACCUGCGCUAAUGGACAAUAUUCUUCAAGCUUUCUCCGCUCCGCUCUUCGUAACGAUGGAAAUCCUGUUCAUGUUCGGCUACAGUCCCGAACUCGAGGCCGCUUGCGAACAAGAAGUCCUCAGAAAAAUGCCAAAGAAGAAAUAA